CCACCGGUGGGUCAUAUCGCAGGAAUGGAUAGUAUACCACGACCCAGCGGUGGGUCAUAUUGCACUGAACGUGUUAAGGUCUUUCUUGCACUAUUGACUGUAACAUGUAUACUGUAUGGAUUAUGAGUGCUUGAAGAACAGCUGUUUGUAGCUCAAACCCCCCGCCCUGAGCGAGCGUCCAUGGUCACAAGCGCCCGCCCUUUAGGGGUUGAGUUACAUCAACAUUCUACUGCACAUAGAUGUUUUUGUCAUGUGUAAACAUUUUAUACCAAGGUUGGACAGUUCAGUGUUUGAAAUUUUUUCUGUCGAAGCCUUUGAUUUAGUCAUUAUCUCACCUCUUGCCUUACAGGGAAGGACAUGAUGGAGCCCCUGUGUGAGGCUGUAAAGGUGGAGGUGGAGGAGGAGCCAACAGGCAGCCAGGCUUCAUCCGCCUCCCAGCAGCCCACAGAGGUGGACAGAGUGAGCGACCACUCCGAGGAUGCUUUCUCCCAGUGUGAUGAGAUUGCUAUCAAGGAGGAGGAGGAGGAGGAGAGCAUGGAAGACUUUGACCCAGUCACUGGCUAUACUGUCUUUGUCCCUGCGCUGAAGUCCAAGCCAAGUAGCACCAGCGACCACUCCGAGGAUGCUCUGACCCAGUGUGACGAGAUUGGUGUUAAGAAGGAGGAGGAGGAGGAGCCCAUUGAAGACUUGGACCCAGUCACUGGCUGUGGCACCUUUGUCCCUGCGCUGAAGUCCAAGUCAAAAAGCAACAG